AUGAUACAAGGUUACGGAUCGGUCACACAAGCCCUGCUGGGAACGCUAUUAACAUGGGGAUUAACGGCCCUUGGUUCCGGACUAGUGGUACUGUUGCGAGGCAAUCAAAGGAAAUCGUUAGACAUUUCACUUGGUUUUGCGGCCGGUGUCAUGAUUGCUGCCUCGUUCUGGUCGCUGUUGGCGCCAGCAAUUGAACUGGCGGAAAGUUCGCACAUGUAUGGAAGCAAGGGCGAGUUCGCCUUCAUCCCGGUAGCGGUAGGAUUUCUGCUAGGCGCUAUUUUUGUGUAUGGUACAGACAAAGUCAUCUCUUACUUGGGCAUAAACAGCCCAACAAUGAUGAUUGCGCUAACUCACGCAAACAAAGACAAAGCUGACAUCGCGAUGGACGAUCAAGUGUCUGCGGAACAUGGCAGAAGUUCGUACGCCGGUGUGGUGGCCCCCAAUUCCACCGACCAUGCAUUGGCAAUCGGAAUGGAUAGCUUCGCGGAUUGUCUUAACGCACAACACGGUAGCACGGUUUCGCGUAAGCGCAGGAAAGGAAGUUCUACCGCAUCGGCCAAAGAACAUUCGGUGUACACAAACAACAGCCAAAGCCAGCUGGAUGCACAACUAUCCCAAUGGAAGCGAAUCAUGCUGCUGGUGGUGGCCAUCACUGUACACAACAUACCGGAAGGUUUGGCAGUGGGCGUCAGUUUUGGUGCGAUUGGAACAACGGAAUCGGCAACAUUUGAAGCGGCCAGGAAUCUUGCCAUUGGUAUAGGUAUACAGAAUUUCCCAGAAGGAUUAGCGGUCAGUUUGCCGUUACACGCCGCCGGAUUUAGCCUGGGGAAAAGCUUUUGGUACGGGCAGUUGUCGGGUAUGGUGGAACCGAUAUUUGGCGUGCUUGGUGCUGUUGCCGUCAGUCUCGCUACUAUCAUACUGCCAUACGCGCUUUCUUUCGCUGCCGGUGCCAUGAUCUACAUAGUGGCGGACGAUAUACUGCCGGAAGCACAUGCCAGUGAUAACGGUCAAAUUGCAACCUGGGGCACGAUUGCAGGAUUUGUAGUGAUGAUGUGCUUAGAUGUGGGGCUUGGAUAAGAAGAUGAAUCGGAUGCAUAGGGUCGAUCUAUCUAUCCGGAACUUUCUGGAUGGGUUACCUGUGACUGAGAUCGAUCGUUGCGCUUCGAUUGAACGCGCCAGUGUCUAUAAGCUAGGUACUUGACUAAGUAUUAAACAUCAUCGUGAAUAUCCUUUGUUAUAAUCGGAGAGUUUACUAUAGAUUAGUAGAGCACAUUU